AUGGAAGACGAUACUGGAGAGAAAUCCAGCUUCAUCGUCGGCCUUAUCGAGAACCGUGCUAAAGAGGUAGGAGUUGCUGCGUUUGACUUGAGAUCAGCUUCAUUUGAUCUUUCUCAGUACAUUGAAACCAGCAACUCAUACCAUAACACAAGAACACUGCUGAAUUUUUAUGAUCCCAUGGUAACUAUUGUUACACCUACAAAGCUAGCACCAGACGGCAUGGUUGGAGUCUCAGAGCUGGUCAAUAAAUUUUGCUCUUCAUCCACAAAGGUUAUAAUGGCUCGUGGUUGCUUUGAUGACACAAGGGGGGCUGCGCUGGUGAAAAACUUGGCAGCUAAUGAACCAUCUGCUCUUGGUCUGGAGACUUAUUCCAAACAAUAUUAUCUUUGCUUGGCUGCAGCUGCUGCAACUAUCAAGUGGAUAGAAGCUGAGAAAGGGUUGAUCAUCACAAACCACUCACUGUCAGUCACAUUUAAUGGAUCAUUUGACCACAUGAAUAUAGACGCUACUAGUGUCCAAAACUUGGAAAUUAUAGAGCCGAUGCACUCUUGUCUUUGGGGCUCUAACAACAAGAAGAGAAGUUUAUUUCACAUUCUCAAAACAACAAGGACAGUGGGAGGCACCAGACUUUUGCGCGCCAAUCUUUUGCAGCCCCUAAAAAAUAUUGAGACUAUCAAUGCCCGUCUAGAUUGUCUUGAUGAGCUAAUGAGUAAUGAGCAACUAUUUUUUGGCCUCUCUCAGGCUCUCCGUAAGUUUCCAAAAGAAACUGAUAAGGUCCUCUGUCAUUUCUGCUUCAAGCAAAAGAAAGUUACCAAUGAAGUCUUGACCAGUGACACUUCCAGAAAGAGCCAAAUCUUGAUAUCAAGCAUUAUUCUUCUUAAAACAGCUCUUGAUUCCUUGCCACUACUCUCCAAGGUGCUUAAGGAUGCAAAUUCUUACCUAUUCAAAAAUAUAUACAAGUCCAUAUGCGAUAAUGAAAAGUUUACUACUAUGCGAACAAGGAUAGGAGAGGUCAUUGAUGACGAUGUUCUUCAUGCACGUGUUCCUUUUGUUGCUCGAACUCAACAGUGUUUUGCUGUCAAGGCAGGAAUUGAUGGACUUCUAGAUAUUGCUCGGAGAUCAUUCUGUGAUACUAGUGAAGCAAUAUACAACUUGGCAAACAAAUACAGGGAGGACUUUAAGCUGCCAAAUUUGAAAAUCCCAUAUAAUAGCAGACAAGGUUUUUACUUUAACAUACCUCAGAAGGAAAUACAAGGAAAACUUCCCAACAAGUUUAUCCAGGUCAAUAGACAUGGAAACAACAUACAUUGUUCUUCUUUGGAACUGGCCUCUUUGAAUGUAAGAAACAAGUGUGCAGCUAAAGAAUGCUACAUCCGGACAGAGUGUUGCCUGGAGGAACUGAUGGAAGACAUACGGAAGGAUGUCUCUCAGCUCACUUUUCUUGCUGAGGUUUUAUGCCUUCUCGAUAUGAUGGUCAAUUCAUUUGCUCAUACAAUAUCAACGAAGCCAGUUGAAAAAUACACCAGACCAAGAUUUACAUAUGAUGGACCAUUGGCAAUUGAUUCAGGAAGACAUCCCAUUCUUGAAAACGUACACAAUGAGUUUGUGGCCAACAACAUUUUUCUUUCUGAAGCAUCAAAUAUGGUAGUUGUAACGGGCCCAAACAUGAGUGGGAAGAGUACUUAUCUUCAGCAAGUUUGCCUGGUAGUCAUCCUCGCUCAAAUUGGGUGUUACGUUCCUGCUCAGUUUGCAACUUUGAGAGUAGUUGAUCGCAUAUUUACUAGGAUGGGAACUAUGGACAGUGUUGAAUCAAAUUCUAGCUCGUUUAUGACCGAGAUGAAAGAGACUGCUUUUAUCCUGCAAAAUGCUUCUCAGAGAAGUUUGAUUGUUGUAGAUGAAUUAGGGAGAGCAACAUCUUCCUCUGAUGGGUUUGCAAUUGCUUGGAGCUGCUGUGAACAUCUACUGGCUUUAAAAGCGUACACCAUAUUUGCUACUCAUAUGGAGAACUUAUCUGAGCUGGCCACAACAUAUCCAAAUGUAAAAAUUGUACAUUUUGAUGUCGAGAUCAAGAAUAAGCACAUGGAUUUCAAGUUUCAACUGAAAGAUGGGCCCCGAACUGUAGCGCACUAUGGCCUUAUGCUAGCAAGCGUAGCUGGACUACCGGUUCCAGUGAUAGAGUCGGCCAAAAGUAUCACAUCAAAGAUUACACAGAAGGAAGCGGAGAGAAUACAGAUCAGCUUUUGUCAGCAUCAUGAUCUUCAAAUGGCAUAUCGCGUUGCUCAACGACUUAUAUGCCUGAAAUUCUCUAACCAAGACGAAGACUCUAUUCGCGCAGCCCUGCAGAAUCUCAAGGAAUGCUGUAUUCAGGGAGGCCUUUGAAGAGCCUCUUGUUUAACUGCUAAUGAUUCAAUGGUGUGUGGGAUUUCUUUUGUUGAAAAAGAAAAAGAUGGAAUUGAACAACACUUUACUCUGGUCUAAUUGAAAUCUGAUUAUAAGGAC